GAGGAGCUGCACCCUUGGAGUGCGAACCAUUGGGCAAAGAAAAUGGAUGACUAAGCGCACCGGUCAGAGUGUUUGACGAGUGCCAAGACAGACGCCUCCUCAACGCCGCGGCAUUUCGUUCUACAGUCUCGAUUCUGUCUUCUCCGCGAACAAUUGUUUCUCUCCUUUUUUCUUUUCGCUUUUCACCUCCGGGGGUGGUGUUGGCAACUCGGAAAGAAUAUUCUCUUGGUGCUCGACCCUCUUCAUCCUUCGCGAGGGCAUGCCUAAGGAGCAAUUCAUGGAAAGACUUACGACUGGCGCACCACCGUGAUAGAAACCGCCGCUUGACAACAUGGGGAAGCCAGUGGAGGGCCAGCCGGACGCCGGGCUGAGAAGUUUAGAUCAUUACAAAAACCAACUUCCCCAUUGGCGUUACUGGCCCCGACAGAAGCUUCUCCCGCUGAUCCGAUAUGAGACUCCAUACCUUGCCUGGUUUCAGGAGAAGAUUCGCACACCAGCGCUGGACUCGUACUUCGCAUUCACAGCGAACCUCGGCACCCACACUUUCUACAUGGUCUUCCUCCCAAUUCUGUUUUGGAGCGGAUUUCCAAGUUUGGGACGCGCGAUGGUACAUAUGCUUGCUUCGGGCAUUUUCUUCAGCGGUUUCAUCAAGGAUCUCCUCUGCCUCCCCCGGCCGCUAUCCCCUCCACUGCAGCGAAUCACAAUGUCUGGCUCCGCGGCCUUGGAGUACGGGUUUCCUUCGUCUCACUCGACAAACGCCGUAUCCGUUGCGGUAUACGUACUCCAUCUGUUGAAGUCCCCGGAGUCGACGCUCAGUCCUGAUGUAACUUUAUUCAUUCGAGUCAUCACGUAUCUAUAUGUGGCGUCUAUCGUGGUGGGCCGUUUAUACUGUGGAAUGCAUGGGUUCUUCGACGUCUUCAUCGGAUCCGCGCUGGGAGUCUUGUUGGCGGUCCUGCAUUACACGUUCGAGUCGCCAAUCGAUCAGUACGUCCAUUCCGGGAGCGGGAAACAGGUUACGCUUGUUGUCCUCAUCAUCCUGGCUCUUGUCCGUAUUCAUCCGGAGCCCGCAGACGAUUGUCCAUGCUUCGAUGACAGUGUCGCCUUUGCCGCAGUAACGAUCGGGGCCCAGAUCGCAUACUGGAACAUCGCCCGAGCCAACGCGAAUUGGGAUACUCCCCACCCUUCGACCCUUCCUCGUUCUACCUAUGAGAAGAUAAGUUGGGCGCAAAUGGGUCUCCGCCUGGUGAUUGGUGUUCUCUUGAUCUUCGCUUGGAGGGAAAUCAUGAAACCAUCCCUGCUGCGCGUUCUGCCUCCGGUAUUUCGCGGAUUGGAGAAAUUGGGAUUGCUCCUCCCUCGUCGGUUCUUCACCAAAGCUUCGCAAUACACGACGGUCCCUGCUCAAUUGAAGGACCACGAUGUACUGCCGAGCUUCUCUGACAUUCCUGGGAUUAUCACGAACAUCCGUCACCCAAGACGACGCGCGGUAUCUAUCGGACCACAAUCCGAAGCGGACGCCUAUGAGACUUUGGCAUAUCGCGAGAAGCGCAGACGGGAUAGUCUUUCCAGUCCGUACCGGGGAUCUCCCGCGAUUGACUCUAUUAACGAGGACGGCUCAAGCUCUGGAGCCGCUGUCCAUAGGCUGUCGAGAAAGCCGUCCAAGUUGGACGAGUACGAGUACAUGAUGGGAACGGGGACAAAUGCUAUCGAGGUUGCAUCUCAAUCGUCUGGCAUGGAGCCGUUCCCUGAAUUUAUAGACGAGCAUGACGAGGUGAAGCUGUUUGCUCAGGUCAAGCGUCCUCGUGUGCGAUACGAUGUGGAAGUAGUCACGAAGCUGGUUGUGUAUUGCGGAAUUGCCUGGAUUGCCAUUGACGGCGCAUCGGUCCUCUUUGAGAAGAUAGGACUCAUGCCUAGUUAGCGUUUUUGCUUCCUUGGUUCAGCAGGCUGAGCCCACGAGCCAUUGUAGAAUAGGUUGCGGGGCGAUGCUUUGGGUACAUAAAUUUUGUCUGACAUAAUAAUGUGUAGAUUGACGAGAUUGCUGAAUACAUACACUUGGAUUCUUUUCGUAAUU